AUGAGCGAUGGCUUCGAGGAGCUGGGACCGCGCAGCAUGCUGCCCAAUCCGCGACUUCUCAAGUAUGCCGUCGACGGCGAGGUGCCUGACGUUCUCUACACCCUCAAUCAUGUUUCCCAGACUAGACGCUUUCUUGGACGCCAACGAAGCUCCAAGCCAUUUGAGAACGUGACUUCUUAUGAGAUCAAACGCGAUGAAUCCGAUGAAGAGGGCGAACUUGUCAAGAAACCUGUCUUCGAGAUCGUCACCACCGUCUGCAUUGAGGGCAGGCCUGAUGAUGGCAGGCGCAUCGUCCAUCCCCGUCGAGGACACCCUCAGAUGGAGCGUCCCAUUACAUCUGCCUUUGACAACGUCGAUUACCGAAGUGACGGUUAUUACACCGAGGAAGAGCAGUACUAUGACCCGCCGGGGACUCCACAGGCCGAGACUCCCCUGAUGGUCAUCUACUCGGAGUACCUCAUCAACGCCCUUCGAGCCGUCGUUCGAUACUACCCAAACCUCAAUCUCGACGGCAAGACUGUUCAGAUCACCGCACCCUACCGCGUGCUGUAUCAUCACCGCCAGGAGCUGUCCGAGUACCGCGAAAACCAGCCUGCUGGACACAGCGCCGAAUAUGCUGAGACGACCAACCAUCACAUCGACGUUCUUCUCAAGUUCCUCGAUGAGAGCCUCAAGGACGAGAUCAGUAAGGAAGAGGAGCGUCACCAGCUCGAGACGCCUACAGCCACUUUUGAGCAUUUCUGGCUGCUUCUCAAGCCCGGCGAGGUCAUCUACACCAAGAAACACGACAUCUGGACACCAUUCGUUAUCAGCAGUGUCGGUGUUGGCAAUCGUUCCCACGGCAACCUUGACAAUUACCGGAUCAGCUGCUGGCUGCUGGAGUCCAACGGCGUCAAAGUCGGUCGGUUCAUGGAGAGCUACGUUGUCACGCCAUGGCCGGGUGAGCAAGCUAUAAGCUCCCUGUCGGUCAUUCCUGCAAAGUUCUGGAAAGAAGAUCUUGCUGCUCAGGGUAAUCGCACGAUGCGUGAGAAGCUCGUCGAGGAAGGCAAGCUAUACUGGGAGCUUCUGAAGCGACCUACUUACAUGGAGUAUGAUGGUCUCCUUGUCAACUCGGGCUCCGGCAGCAGACUGCCCGGCGGCCCGACUGGCUUCAUGAACGGCCGUGUGAUUUGCGAUGCUUCUGGGUUCGACAAAUACUACGACUCAGCCCCUGAUGUGGAGGGCAGGCGAUAUCCUCUUCCCGGUCGCCGCCGUGUGACCCAAGGCGUUCCGAACAAAGACUUCCUUCCUCAGAACCUCCCUAGAUGCGGCUGCGCUGUCUGUGACGAGGGGCGAGUCAUGGAGAACGAUGGGCCGUAUGUCGGCUUCGAGGAUCUCGAUCCUCUCUGCGACGCGCCUCCCAGCAACGACCUCUUUUUCUACGUUCUCAGCAAGACAAUCCCCGGCUUCAUCCUAGGCACUCGCCGCUGGGGAAACCUGCACGUCGCUAAUCUCAGCCCCGUCAAGCCCGACAAGGAGGCCUUCAAGUAUCUCGUCCUGGACGAUGACAUUAAGAUGACCGUGAGAGCCCUCAUCGGCCAAUACACCACUGGAGUCGACGGUCAGGUCGCUCCUUGGGGCAACGACUUUAUCCGCAACAAGGGCGAGGGCCGCAUCUUCCUGCUGCACGGAGCUCCAGGCGUGGGCAAGACGUGUACCGCCGAGUGUAUUGCCGAGCUGACCAACCGGCCGCUCAUUGCGCUCACGAGCGGCGAUCUGAGCGUCGACGCAUUCCGUGUCGAGUCCAACCUCAACUACUUCCUGGAGCUGGGCCAGCGCUACGGAGCCCUGGUGCUGCUCGACGAGGCCGACGUCUACCUCGAGCGCCGCCGUGCGAAGAACAUCUCGCGCAACGGCCUCGUCUCUGUCUUCCUCCGCGCGCUGGAGUACUACCGCGGCGUCCUCUUCCUCACCACCAACCGCGUGCGCUCCUUUGACACCGCCUUCCUCAGCCGCAUCCACGUCGCGCUGCACUACAAGAACCUCGGCGACGAGGAGCGCGAGCGCAUCUGGACUCACAACUUUGACCGUCUGGACCGCGACUCCCGCGGCAAGAUCCGCGUCGCCAUGGCGGCUCGCGAGUUCGUCUGGUCCAGCCAGGAGGUCCGCGCGCUCAAGUGGAACGGACGUGAGAUUCGCAACGCCAUGCAGACGGCGCUGGCGCUGGCCGAGAGCGACUCCAAUGAGGAGGGGCUGCAGACAAUCACCAUUGGCGAGAAGCAUAUCCGCGCCGUGGUCAAGAUGAGCAAGGGCUUCAAGGACUACAUUAAGUCGGUUGUGCCUGCGGGCUCGGAUGAUGUCGACUACGAUGGUGAUAGUGAUGACGCGGAUGCUAAUUGA